AUGUCAAGUUACCUUGCGCUCUACGGCGAUAUUCGUGCACGUAGACAACAGCCAGCUCUUGGUGACUGUGGUGCUUACCCGGAGAAGUUCGCCGCCGAAGCACUCGACGAACGCUUCGCAAGGGACGAUCGACGACUAGAAUCGACAAGCUUUCGCAAUGCGCUAACGGAACAUAAACGCCAAGUUUCGCUCCAACAGAAUGAAACGAACCUGAGACGGGAAAAAUUGUCCACACCCAAAACACUGGAACUAGAGAACAAGCAAGUUCGUGAUGCGAUACGGAGGCGUUUACUUCCGGGAAAUCAAAAUUUGAUCCAAACUCAUUCCGCAGAAUCACGAUACAUAAAAUAUGAGCCAACUGGAUCUAAAGAGCGUGUUGUCAAAGUCCAGCAGUUGCAACAAGACCCUCUCAAUCCACCACCAUUCCGAUUGAAAAAGGACCCAGGGGAGCCGAAUAAAGCUAUAGCAGCAGUCACUCAGAGUCCUCCACGCAAGCUUACUGAGGAAGAUAGAGAAGCAUGGAAGAUCCCUUCAUCUGUUUCUAACUGGAAAAAUUCAAAAGGUUACACGAUUCCACUCGACAAGCGUCUAGCUGCAGAUGGUAGAGGAUUGGUUGAUGUCAAAAUAAGUGACAACUUUGCCAAAUUUACAGAGGCAUUAUACGUCGCUGAGCAGUCGGCACGUAUCUCAGUUGAGACUCGUGCGGGCGUGCGCAAGCAACUUAAACAACAGGAACAAGUAUCACGAGAAAAGCGAAUUCGAGAAAUAGCGGCCCAGGCCUUGGAAACUGGUAGUGCUGGGGGGAAGUUGGAGGAUGAGUCUCAGGCGAGUUCGAGGCAUAAACGAGCGAAGAGAUAG